AUGACCACUCCCGAAUUUCCUCCCGAAUUUCCUCCCAUCCCCGAGGGGCAGUUCGAGUUAUACGCUGACCUGUACGCCAAAGAAGGUCGCGCGGAUGACCUAGAGAGAUACCUCCGGAAACUGGUUCGCUUGACCCAGUCCGAGCCUGGAGUGCUGGAAUACGCCAUUGCCCGCGACGAUCAAAACCCCAACCACUUCCACGUCUUCGAGCGCUACACCGGCAGAAAGGCGUUCGAGGAGCACAUUGCGACGCAGGAGUUUGUGGAUUUUACCAACUCGGGAGCUCUUGCACAACCUCCCAAGCCCAAAAUGCUCCACGCGUUAAAGCCCAUAUGA